AUGUUCUCCUCUUCCAGACGCCAUGAGAGCUCAAGCAAGAGCUUCUCAAAAAGCCACAAGGCCAGCAAAUCGAGUUCUUCUUUCAGCAAAGACAGUGGAAUCACCAAGCGAAGACAUGAGUCUCGCCACCGCCGACCAACAAUGACCUCUAUGGCCAGUGCCAGUGGUGAUACUAUGAUGGAUAACAACAACAUGGCCUCCCCUAUCGUCACUCUCGUAGUUGGCAGUGAGCAACGUCUCUUUGCCGCUCACGAAGACGUUCUUGCCACUAGCCCUUUCUUCAACAAUGCUCUGCGAAAUGGAUACAUGGACGUCGCCAGCAAACGCAUCUCUCUUCCCGACGAAGAACCUGAGAUCUUCAGCUCUGUUCUCGAGUUCCUCUACAAGGGAGACUACACUCCCCGUCUCGUCCACAACAAGCGUCGUAACUCGUACGAACUUGAAGCUGCGAGUGAAGAACAGCGUGCUGCUGUCGAGAGCACAGUUUAUCAUCGUGGUAUCGAUGGUGAUCUUCUCAAGGACACUGUCAUCUACUGUGCGGCGGAGAAGUACGGCCUUGAUGAGUUGAAGAAGCUGUCGCUGCGAAAGCAAGGACUGCAAUCCGGAAUCCAAUGCAGCACCAUCCUUGCUUCGGCAAGAUAUGCCUACGCCAACACUCCUGAUACUGACUCAAAGCUACGAGCUCACUAUCUUGCACUCAUCAUUCGUUCACGAAGCACUUUCAAGCGAAGUGGUACGAUGCAACUCGAGAUGUACAACGGUGGCACUCAACUUUUCUUCGAUCUUUUUGUCGCCCUUUGCAAUCAUGUUGACGACAUCUCAACCGCACAAAACACUCCUCGCUCAAACCGCCACUUCUCUUAA